UUGUGUAGAAUGCGGAGUUUGUUUGACGGAUCGCCACAGACGGUAUACACAUUCCUAGGAAUUAUGCAGAAAAGGGGGUGGAGGUUUCAUAAUGACGACAAAAAGUUGAAAGUAGGACUAUAGCACACAGUGGAAGGACGCAACUGAGUGGUCAAGAUAUCGCUGUAUAGUGACAAGAAAGAGAAUCUGACCACGACAGAAAACAAACCAUGUCUAAGAGUGUUAGCAGGGAACGACUCUCUAACUCACAGAACUCCCUGUCAAUCACCGACGUCGACGCAAGUAUGAAGGAUCCCAAGAGCAGUAUGGCGUCACGUGGUAUCCUGAUCGGACUUGUCCUCUCUCUGGUAGUGAUUCUAGCCCUAGUUAUCGCCCUUGCCGUCAUUUCUGCCAAGAAGAUAGAUGACGCUGAGAGCAAACCUGCACAGAUGAUUCAACAACCUGCAAAGGAUUCGGCAAAGGUUUACCGGUGUCUUACGGCUGACUGUGCAAGGGCAGCGGCCGAGAUGGCUGACUCUAUUGACGUAACUGCCGAUCCCUGUGAGAAUUUCCAUCAAUACGCGUGCGGACGCUGGGCUAAGCGCCAUGUGCUCAAGUCAGAGGAGUCUGUAUUUGGCACGUUCUACCAGGUUCGUGAAGAUGUCAAGGUCACACUCAAAUAUCUGUUGGAGGCGGAAGUGACGACAGAGGACCCGGAAGCUAUUAAAAAAGCCAAACACAUGUACCAGUCGUGUGUUGACGAAGAUAAAAUAGAUUCAUUGGGAGUCAGUGAAGGACUUGACCUGAUAAAUAAACUAGGAGGUUGGCCCGUGUUGGGUCAGUCCAACACUCUGGGACUGGAGGAGCUUCUAAAACGGACCAGGAAGUAUAGUAACAGUCCUAUUGUGGACAUGUAUGUUUAUGAUGAUUCCAAGGACAUUGAAAACAACAUUAUGUAUCUUGAUCAGCCGUCACUGGGCAUGCCCGACCGGAAGUACUAUUUAAAUGGCCGUAACGACAGGACAUUGAAGGCGUACGAGAAGUACGCUGUGGAGCUAGCCAAGGCGUUCGGCGCUAAUCAAGCAACGGCCGAGCAACAGAUGAAGGAAAUGGUGGAUUUUGAAAUAAAGAUUGCUAAUUUGACCAUGCCAUCUGAUCAGAGAAGAAAUGCAGACAAACUGUAUAAUAAAAUGACUAUUGCAACGCUGAAGCAACGAUACCCGCAGUUCCAAUGGAUGGACUAUUUUAACGGGGUAUUGGGCGUCAAAGAAAUCGGAUACAGGGUGACCGAAUCAGAAAAUGUCAUUGUCGAAAAUCCUGAUUACAUGAGUAAAAUAUUUACCAUGAUCAAUGGAAUUUCGAACAAAGAGCAGGUCCUAGCAAAUUAUGUGCUGUGGAUGAGUAUGUCACAGAUGGCCCUUUCACUCCCGACUAACAUCCGGGCACUACGACAGGAUUACCACGGGGUACUACAGGGGUCAAAGACUGCUGAGCCGAGGUGGCACGCAUGUACCGGGUAUGCUAACGGCAGACUCGGACUGGCUGUGGGCAAACUCUUUGUUAAAGAAGCAUUUGAUCAGGAAGCUAAGCAGGACGCAUUACAGAUGAUAUCCAACCUUCGUGUAGCUAUGAAGGGAUUGUUGUCUGAGAAUGCCUGGAUGGAUCAAGCUACAAAAGUUGUUGCCAUCGAUAAGUUGAAGGCCAUUAUACCCCGAAUAGGUUACCCAGAUGAUGUAAUGGACGAUAGCUUCCUUAAUGAACGUUACGAAAAUUACACAGUGACCGCAAGUGCCUAUUUUAAUAACACCCUAAAUUCAAGGGUGAAUUCUGUAUACUAUGGUCUUAGGAAGCUGAGACAGAAGGUCGACAGACAAAAGUGGGAGACAGAUCCUGCUACAGUGAAUGCUUUCUACAACCCUCCCAGGAACCAGAUAACGUUUCCAGCUGGCAUUCUACAGCCACCGUUUUACCACAAGGAUUACCCACAAUACCUGAACUACGGCGGUAUUGGUUACGUCAUUGGUCAUGAGAUCACUCACGGAUUUGACGACAAUGGUCGAAGAUACGAUAAAACAGGAAAACUGAACGCCUGGUGGACAAACUCUUCUAUCACUAAUUUUAAAACCAAGGCGGAUUGUAUGGUGAAACAGUACGGUGGCUAUACCGUGGAGGCAGCCAAUCAAAAGUUAAAUGGAAAACUUACGCUCGGAGAGAACAUUGCUGACAAUGGUGGCCUUAAGGAGAGCUUCCGGGCGUACCGGAAUUGGGUCAAGGAGAACGGAGAGGAACCUAAGCUUCCGGGAUUAGAGUACACUCCAAACCAGCUUUUCUUCUUAAACGCUGCACAUGUGUGGUGUGGGAUAAUUAGACCAGAAGAGGCACUCAGGAGAAUUCGGGUUGAUGUUCACAGCGACGUAAAGUCAAGAGCGAAUGGUCCAACAUCGAACAACCACGACUUUGCAGAGGCUUUCAGCUGUCCUGUCGGCAGUCCCAUGAAUCCUGUCAACAAGUGCGUCAUAUGGUAGACAGAGGCUGUCGUCACUCCAUAGCGUCGUCUAGUAUAACUGUGGUUACCAUGACAGCAUUGUGUCGUCUGGUAGAUACCAUGCUGACAUGGCAACAUUUUGUCAAAAAUAGUCUAUCCCUACACGAGAGGAAGUUAUUAACUUUAUAAUUAUGAUUAUUGAAGUCAUUAUAAGCACGAUGAAACGCAUUAUAACAGUCGUGAAAAUAAUAAACAUUAUAAAUGCCGUAAUAUAAAUAUGUUUUCUGAAGAUUAUCCUGAUUGGACUUCAAUGGGAAUAAUAAUAUUUUUGCCUAUAUAUACGAAGUAAAUAUACGUAAAUACUUGUAAGAGAGUACCUAUUGAUUAGUUAAACUUUUGAUAAAUCCUCCAGUAGGUAAUACAAUGCAUACCCACUGUAGUGUACAUAUACUGCCAAAACUGUGCAUCGGGAUUCGAGAGGGAGAUCAAUGUUAGGUGUUUGUGUUAUCCAAACGCUUAGGUGGCUAUUAUCAGUUGUAUGACAAUAUCCAAAACAGAAUGAUUUUAAAAACAAUGAAUAAUUCCAAUCGUCCGUGUCAUUGUGUUGUGUUCCUACUUCUGUGUUACCCUUGUGUGUAUUGUGGUAAUUGUAAGAUGAUUUCUAGGAAAUAUUAAGCCUGUACAUAAUCCAUUGUAAAAAAUGUUGAAAUGGAUGGGUGUAAACAUAUAAUUUGUAAUGUCCGUCCGUGAAAUGUUUUUAAAUGAUGACAAUAAAUUAUAUCUAAAUCGUA